AUGUUCGUGGAGCUCGUGGGAGCGGAGAGCUGUCUUCUCCUGCAGACACGUCCCCAAGACACUCCAUUUCCCCUUGGGUGGAGCACUGUGGCCAGCAAGGGGCCCCAGAGCACAGGCUGCGACCGAGAAGGGGAGACGGGGAGAGAGGGCAACAGGAGGAACCUCAGGCUUCCCCGCCAGCGUGAGCGCAACAAGGCCGAACCGCUUCGGCCCCUCGGGCGGUGGAGUCGGUCUCGGGCGCCGGGGAGGUUGCUGCCCUCGGCCACCCGGCUCCUCCAGGAGCCGCGCCCCAGCGCGGGCGUUGGGGAUCCAUCCCCAGAGCGGGUGUUGGCGGCCCCUCCUACCGCCCCGCAGCCCGUGUUCGGGCCGGGAGCCGGCGUCCGAGCUCCGCUCCUGCCUGGCGUAGCGCCGCCUCCGGCCCGGGUGCAGGGGCCCGGCGCGCAGGCGGGGGGCGCUGUGGCCUCGGCGCGGGGACAGAGCGGCCGGGCCGGACCCGCCUCUUUCCCCUCCCCGCCCACCCCCCACGCGUCGUGUCGCCGGGAAGCCGGGAGGAGACAGAGCGCUCGGGCUCCACGGCGCUCGGCCCGCAGUCCCCUGACCGCGCGGAGCAGAGCCAGGUGGCGCCGCCGGAGCCCAGAGCCGCGACCCUCCCCGGCCGCCUUUGUCUGGGAGCGUGCGGCCUGGAAGCGCUGCUUUCGGGGGCCGGGUACGCGCCCACAGCGCAAGUGCGUGCUUGUCGGCGACGGCGCCGUGGGCAAGACCAGCCUGGUGGUGAGCUACACCACCAACGGCUACCCCACCGAGUACAUCCCCACCGCCUUCGACAACUUCUCGGCUGUGGUGUCUGUGGACGGGCGGCCUGUGAGACUCCAGCUCUGCGACACUGCUGGGCAGGAUGAGUUUGACAAACUCAGGCCUCUCUGCUACACCAACACGGACAUCUUCCUUCUGUGCUUCAGUGUGGUGAGCCCCUCCUCUUUCCAGAACGUCAGCGAGAAGUGGGUGCCAGAGAUUCGCUGCCACUGUCCCAAAGCCCCCAUCAUCCUCGUUGGAACUCAGUCGGAUCUCAGAGAAGACGUCAAGGUCCUUAUUGAGCUGGACAAAUGCAAAGAGAAGCCCGUGCCCGAAGAGGCGGCCAAGCUGUGCGCCGAGGAAAUCAAAGCCGCCUCCUACAUUGAGUGUUCAGCCUUGACUCAGAAAAACCUCAAAGAGGUCUUUGAUGCGGCCAUCGUUGCGGGCAUUCAGUACUCGGACACUCAGCAACAGCCAAAGAAGUCCAAAAGCAGGACUCCAGACAAAAUGAAAAACCUCUCCAAGUCCUGGUGGAAGAAGUAUUGCUGUUUCGUAUGACGCCGGCCGGGAACCCGCAGUAGAAGCUAUAUUAGCUGAAUGAGUCCUCUCAUCGUGCCGAACCUGUGUAGAGAGCGUGUGUGUGUCAUAGGUCCAGCUCUCAGUUUACAUCUUCUUUCUUGCCUUGGAUAUUCUUGUUUGUUUGAGCUUAGGGACGAGCUGAUUAUUAAUUAUGCAAGAUAUUUUUGAAGUCAGUGGAGCAUUUUUCAUAACUCUGGAAAUGUAGAGCUCUGGACCUCUGGAUUAAUUUAUAUCUAAUAUGAAAAAGACACCUCGGAUCUGGGUGUCAAGAAUGAAAUUUUUUUUCGCUACAUUACAACGUACAGAAGAACAAAAGAAGAAAUGGUGUGGUUAACCCUGCCUUGAUUAAGGGCUCCUUCCUGUAAGUGCGUUAUGUCGCCUGGCCAGCUAUGGUGAGAAUCACUCUUAGCCCAAAGACUCCACACACUUUUAAAAAACUUUUUAAGGGACUAAAAUCUGAGAAAAAAACGAGAGACCUCUGCCUACAACACCUCAAACCAGUCACUUUUGUCAUAUGCUAAUACCUGCUUGCUUAAGAUCUAAAAUCAACCAGCAAAGCACAUCCUGCUAACCCUGUGGCCCUGGGUACACCAAAAAGAAAACAUUGUUUAUUGGGAUUUUUCAUUCUUCGACCAGUUGUGUUGACAUCAUAUAAACAGAGCCAACAUGCCAUGUGGAGUAAAGCAAGUGUUAGUCAGAAGCUCUUGUAUUUUCUUUAGGGAGUGAUUCAUGUUGAGAUCAGAAUGUGGUAUUUGCUGUUCGUAUGUGUGCACCAAACUGCCUAAACCCUGGUAGUUAGAACACUAGGGAGCACCUACUGGAAUUGUUUUAAAACUUCCGUACUAACUAAAUAAACUAAACCAUCUGCAGGGACCCGGAUACUCUUGAAAGGCCUGCAGCCAACGAUUGUAGGAGACAAAAUGUACUUUUUUUCCCCUUAAGUCAGCCAAAAUGGACACACACACACACACACACA